UGCGUAAUUUCUGAUCCGAAAACUGUUCGCGUUCGAUUUCGCGAUUUGUUAGCGAACGGUAAUUGCGAAACGGUGUAUUGACCAGCUCGACAACCGGAAGCCAUCUUUCCUCCUCGGUGUGACCGCCUUUCUCAUCCGGUACACGCGGUCGAAGUACAUUCUCCUUUAAGAGCUCGCUCACUUACGGAAUCACACGUUCGACCGCACGGUGCGUUGCGAGCCAUUUUCCACGCGGAAUCGUUCGUUCUUGAUUGGGAGUGAUCCAGACAGAUCGGUGCUUACGUUUUUACUUCUCGCACUGAAACGAAAAUCGGUGUUUAUGCUAAUUCGAGUAGAAUUUACGUGAAGAAAACAUGGCGCGAUACGGUCAGCGACCAGAAAACGCUCUAAAACGAGCAAAUGAGUUUAUCGAGGUGGGGAAACCAGCUCGAGCGUUAGAUACGUUACAAGAAGUCUUCCGUAAUAAAAAAUGGACGUACAAUUGGUCAGAGUCUGUGCUGGAGCCCAUAAUGUUCAAGUAUUUGGACCUUUGUGUGGAAUUGAAAAAAUCACACAUAGCGAAAGAGGGCUUGUUCCAAUACAGAAAUAUGUUUCAAUCUGUCAACGUUGGCAGUUUAGAAAAUGUGAUACGCGGGUAUCUGAGAAUGGCUGAGGAAAAGACAAACGCAGCUCGUAAGCAGAGUCAACAAGCUGUGAUUGACAUUGACGAUCUUGAUAAUCUUGCCACACCUGAGAGCAUUCUGCUCUCUGCGGUCAGCGGGGAGGAUGCACAAGACAGAAGCGAUCGUACCAUUUUGACACCGUGGGUGAAAUUCUUGUGGGAAUCGUACUGCCAAUGCUUGGAGUUACUUAGAACUAACGCCCACGUAGAAACUCUUUAUCACGAUAUCGCGCGUAUGGCCUUCCAGUUUUGUCUUGAGUAUAAUCGUAAGACUGAAUUUCGUAAAUUGUGCGAGAAAUUACGAAAACAUCUCGAAGAGAUAUGUAAACUGCCACCGCUUGUAUCAAACGUUUCUAUGAAUAAGGCAGAAACACAACAGUUAAAUUUAGAGACUAGAUUAAAUCAGUUGGACUCCGCGAUACAAAUGGAACUGUGGCAAGAAGCUUUCAAAUCCUCGGAGGACGUACACGGUAUGAUGAAUCUGUCCAAAAAGCUUCCCGUACCAAAAACAAUGGCCAAUUACUAUCAAAAGUUGGCUAUGGUCUUUUGGAAAGCUGGCAAUUAUCUAUUUCACGCGGCCGCGUUGUUCAAGCUUCUGCAACUGUCGCGUGAAAUGAAAAAGAACAUGUCCUCGGAGGAACAACAGCGAAUGGCCAAUCGCGUGUUAUUGGCGACAUUGUCGAUACCAUUGCCGUCCGCACAUCCUGAAUUUGAUCGUUUUAUAGAGACCGACAAGAGCCCGUUGGAAAAAGCUCAAAAGCUCGCGACUCUCCUGGGUCUCUCGCAACCGCCGACACGUUUGUCUCUGUUAAAAGAUAUCGUUCGUUUGAACGUCGUCAAUCUCGCAUCGCCGCAGUUACAAGAAUUGUACUCGUGGCUAGAAGUAGAGUUUCAUCCGUUAGAACUCUGCAGCAGAGUCGAUUCCGUUAUUCAGACGUUGCAGGCGGACGAGAACAGCCUGUUGGUCCAAUAUAUUCCCGCGUUACAGGACGUGACACUGGUACGUCUAGUUCAUCAGAUUUCUCAAGUUUAUCAAACCAUACAAUUCAGCAGACUUCUGGAACUCGCCAAAUUCACGACAGAUUUUCAUCUGGAGCGUCUUUUAGUUGACUGCGUGCGUUACAACGACAUGCAGAUCAGAAUAGAUCAUGGCAAGCUGUGUGUUCAUUUCGGUGUAGAUCUCUCGGAAGCGCAACGAGAGGAUCAUCCGGACGGUCCGGUUUUACAGGCGAUGCCGUCCGAACAAAUACGCUGCCAACUUGUGAAUAUGGCAACUGUGUUGCACCGUGCCAUCGGUGUAAUAAAUCCCAAUAAAAAGAAACUCGAGCGCGAGAAGAUACGCAGCGCGAUGGUCGCUCACUAUCACGAGACCAAACUAAAAGAACAUCAAAGAAUAUUGGGCCGACAUAAGAUCAUCGAGGAGAGAAAAGAAUACAUCGAACAUAUUAAUACGGUUCGCGAGGAGGAGGAAAUGCGUCGACAGGAGGAGCUCCAGCGUCAGCACGUGUUGGCCGAGCAGAAACGGUUGGAGCAAGAACGCGAGGAACGCGAGCGGAAACGUCAACAGAGCGAGAUUCAACAAAUCAAGGACCGUCAUCUUAAGGAGAAGAUGCAGCAGAUCUCUCAGACCAGUCACGGGCAGAAGGUGCUCAAGAAACUGGACGAAGACGAGAUCAAAAAGCUUGAUGCGGAGCAAAUCGCGGCGCGAGAAGCCGAAGAGUUGCAAAAAGAACGUAGGGAGAUGCAGCAGAAGCUCAAAUCCCAAGAGAAGAAAGUCGACUAUCUCGAACGUGCUAAGCGAAUCGAGGAAAUUCCUUUACUGGAAGAGGCUAUGCAGAAGAAGAUGCAGCAAGCGAAACUGCUGUGGCGACAGCAGGAAGACGAGCGAAUUGCUGCGGCUAUCGAAGAAAGACAGGAAGCUGUUGCGACUCAAGAACGUUUGGCGCGUAUGAAAGAAGACAAGGACGCCUUCCUAACCAAAAUCUUAGCCGAGCGCAGAAACGUGUAUCUAGAGAAGUUGAAGGACUUCAACAAGCUGUUGAACGAAGAACGCGCCAAACGACUGUUGAAACGAAAAAUGGAACGCAAGGCUGAGAGGAAAGCGAAAUGGGAAAAGGAACGCGCGGAGGCAGCGGAACGAAGACGUCUCGAGGAAUUGCGUAUCAAACAAGAAGAAGAGAAGAAACGUCUUGAGGAGGAAAGAGCUAAAAGGGAAGAGGAGGAGAGAAUCAGACGAGCCGAGGAAGAGGCGAGAGAAGCCGAACGUUUGGCUAAACUCAAAAAGCAAGCCGAAAUUAUGAGAGCGAAGGACGCCGAGGUCGAGCGCAAAUUGGAAGAGGAACGACAAAGAGAUAAAGAAAUAUCAUCAACCUGGCGCCGUUUAGACAGAGAUCACGAUCGUGAUAAUAAUCGUGAACGUGAACGUGAACGUGAACGUGGGGAUCGGGAUCGGGAUCGGGAAGCUCCUAAACCAAUGGAAUCAUGGCGGCGCGCAACAGAAAAAGAAGCGGACGGACUCAAAAGCGAGACAACAACAGACCGCUGGAGAAAACGCGAUGACAAAAUCGAGGAUUCGUCGUGGAAAAGAAGAGAACCGGAACGACGUGACACAGACAAAUGGAGAAGAAACGACGAUCCGGACAGAUGGAAGAAAGACGCGGAUAAGUGGAGAAAAGAUGAUAAUACGUUCGACCGAGAGAGAGACGAUUUAAAGGAUCGUGAUAAACUGGACGGUCGCGGUUUCGAUAAGAAAGAUGACCGCGAUCGUGAACGUGAUCGCGAUCGCGGAAUAGAUGGGCGUGGAAUACGAGAGAUUCCGCGCGACACAAUACGCGACGAUCGUGAUCGAGAUCGCGGUCGUCUUACCGAUCGUCGUGGUGGUGGUGGUGGUGGUGGCGGUGGCGGUGGCGGUGGCGGUGGCGGUUAUCGUGAUCGUCGCGAUGAACCGUCGUCACGAAAUACCAAUUCAGAUUGGCGAAAACGUGACCCGCCCCAAGACACUCCUAAAGACCUACCCAAGCGAGAGCGAGACGAUCGUAAAGAUGACAGACUUCCGCCCCGAUCCGACGAGCGAAGGCGACCUUUGGAGGAUGAUGGAUGGUCGAAAGUCAGUCGGCGCUAAUAUCAAAUCCAGUUAAACGUUAUAUUAGCGCAUUAUAUAUAUAUAUAUAUAUAUAUAAAUAUAAAUAUAAAUAAUUAAUUAAUUAAUUAAAUAU